AUGGCGAGCAAACGCAAGAGGGAGCUUCUAGACUUCGACCCCAACAAGUCUGAUUCCGAUGACGAAAACUUUGAACCCGAGACAGAAACCCGCCGGGGAAAGAAGAGGUCGCGUCAUCAGGCGAGAGGUCGACGGAAUUCAGGAACUAGCCGCCGCAGGCCCAACCGAAAUUAUUCAGGAACAGACAUUGAGGACGAUGAGGAGGUGCUAUCUGAUAGCCAGGAUGAAGCCUCUUUCGAUAUGGGAUCAGAUGACGACAAAGAAGCCGAGGACUUGCCAGUCAAUGCCGCUGGUCGUCGAACCCGCAAGGCUGCGACCAAACAAAUCAGCUAUGCCGAGAGUAGCGACCAGGAAGAUGACGAUGCUGCCGAAGACGAUGGUGUUGAUGAGCUCCAGAAAACACCCCGUGGCAAAGCCAAGUCCAAAAUUAUUCGCCUGAAAGUGCCCAAGAGUGAAGCUUCAAAUCUCAACCUGAGAGCUGCUCGGCGGACAACUAGGGCCAGGACCGAGGAAUUCCAAGAAGAGCUUGUUGAGCUGUCUAAUUCUGGCCACCAUGCCGUGCCUGCUCGUGGCUCGAGGAGCGUUAGCCCCGAAACCGCCGCCCGUGCAACUCGGUCCUCCCGUGCUAUGAAGGGUCUGAAGAAGGCUCCCGAAACUAUUGAAGAAGCGACUCAAGAAAGCAGUUCCCGCGAAACGCAAGCCGCUCAAGAAGAACAAGACCAGCCGCUCGAGUCCGUGGAAGAGAAGGAUGAAGAGGUCGAGGAAGCCGAGGCGUCUACCGCCGAGGAGAAACCUGACGUGGCUCCCGAUGCGGAAGAGACCCGGGAAGACGAAGAAGAAGAAGAAGAAGAAGAAGACGACGACGAUGGUCCUGUUACACGUACUAGGUCUACUCGACGGAAGAAUUCUACCACCGUGGCCGACGAGCCGGAAGAUAAGGCCGAAGACAAAGAAGACAACACUGGAACUCGGCGGCUAAGGCGCAGAUCCAGCCGCCGCAAAUCUGCUCAGGAGCCUAGUAGUGACUUUGAUCCUGGUGAGGAGUCAGAUGGUGAGCCGUCUGGAGCCGAGUCGGCCGCGAACGGUGAUGGAGACGACGACGCCGAGUAUGAUAGCCCCACUCCCAGGGGUCGCCGCUCCAGCCGCAAUAAGCGAAGAAGUACCAGAGCGGCCAGGCGCGAAGACUCGGGUGACGAGGUUGAGCUCGAUAGGGACGAACUUGCCGAGGAACUCCAGGAACUUCGUGAAACCUCUCGCCCGCGUCGACGUCGUCGCUCCCCAUCCAUUAUUUACCAAGAACCGAAGAGGCGUCGCGCAACUGCCAAACCUGUCAGCUACUAUCUACCGCCACUGACAGCGGCGGCUAUUGAAGAAGAAGAGCCGGAAGAUCCUGCUCCAACCCCCGCCCGUCGUCGGGGUGCUCGUGGUGGUGCAGGUCUAGCUUGGGAACGACCUCUCAAUACGGCCUACGGACCUUUCGGCGGUGGGGGUGGGGUCGGCUCACUCCUCGGUGGACCCUGGGGCACCGGCGCAGCCGGCGGCGUGGACUCCGAUAGUAGUGACGAUGAGAUGGUUACGCGUUCCAACGCUGUCGGAAAUGUAGGGAUGACACCUACCUCUGCUGCUCCUCCAGGCAUGCUCGGCGGCAUUGGUGGCGCUAUUAAUGCUGAUGGUCUUGGCGGUGUUGGUGCUACUCCGAAUGUUGGCAAGAUCAAGAACCAAAAGGCAUUCGCCGACGCAGACCCGCUCGGCGUGAAUAUGAACGUCAACUUCAGCCAAGUCGGCGGUCUUCAAGGUCACAUCGACAAGCUGAAGGAAAUGGUUCAGUUGCCCCUCUUAUACCCGGAACUGUUCUUGAAGUUCCAUGUAACCCCGCCCCGAGGUGUCCUCUUCCACGGACCUCCCGGCACCGGAAAGACGCUUCUGGCCCGAGCACUGGCCAACUCUGUCAGUUCCGAGGGUAAGAAGAUAUCUUUCUAUAUGCGCAAGGGAGCUGAUGCCCUGAGCAAGUGGGUCGGAGAGGCGGAAAGACAGCUGCGACUCCUUUUCGAAGAGGCUAGACGCACCCAGCCGAGCAUCAUCUUCUUUGACGAGAUAGAUGGCCUUGCUCCUGUUCGGUCGAGUAAGCAGGAGCAGAUUCAUGCCAGUAUCGUCUCCACUCUCCUCGCUUUGAUGGAUGGCAUGGAUGGUCGUGGACAGGUCAUUGUAAUCGGCGCCACCAACCGUCCGGACAAUAUCGAUCCCGCGCUACGACGGCCUGGUCGUUUUGACAGGGAGUUUUACUUCCCGCUCCCUGAUAAGGAGGGCAGACGAGCAAUCAUCGACAUCCAUACGAAAGACUGGGGUCUGCAGGAUCAAUUCAAAGAUUCCCUCGCCGAGCACACCAAGGGCUACGGUGGUGCUGAUCUGCGCGCUUUGUGUACAGAGGCCGCUCUUAACUCUAUCCAACGCGCUUACCCACAGAUAUACUCGUCACAAGAAAAGCUCAUUGUCGAUCCUGACAAUAUUGUUGUCCACGCCACGGACUUCAUGUUGUCCAUCAAGCAGAUGAUUCCUUCCUCCGAACGUUCUACGACGUCAGGUGCUGCGCCCCUCCCCCUAGGCAUCGAGCCCCUUCUCCGCGACCAGUUCGCCGCAAUCAGGGAUGCGUUGGACGAAACUCUCCCUCGGAAGAAGAAAAUAACGGCACUCGAAGAAGCCAUGUUUGAGCAAGUCACCGAUGGUGACCACGGCUUCGGGCGGGAGAAGCUCCACCAGGAGUUUGAAAGAUGCCGAGUAUUCCGGCCCAGGUUCUUGAUUCACGGCGCAAGCGGGAUGGGUCAAGGCUACCUAUCCUCUGCGGUUCUUCACCACCUCGAGGGGGUGCAUGUUCAAACUUUUGAUCUGCCAAGUUUGCUAGCUGACGGACGUCCCAUGGAACAAGUCAUUGUUGGCAAGUUCACGGAAAUCAAGCGACAUAAACCAAGUGUAAUAUUCAUUCCCAACAUUGAGACUUGGUAUGCUUCGUUACGAGACAGCCUUGCCAUGAUCACCUUCCAGUCAAUGCUGCGGGCAAUUCCACCCACCGAUCCAGUUCUGCUUUUGGCGUCUGCCGAGUGUGACCUGGAACACCUGCCUGCCGAGCUUUUGAAGGAUUUCUUCGGAUAUUCGCGGAAGAACCGUAUCGAAAUCCAGCGCCCUGACCAGCCUAACCGACGAGAGUACUUCUCAGCCAUUAUCAAUUACAUCAGGAUGAACCCUGCAGAGUUCCCUGACCCCGCCAACCGGAAGCUGCGUGUCUUGGAGGAACUUGAGGUCGCGCCACCUCCGCCGCCCAAGGUCCCGUCAAAAGCGGAGAUGAAGGCGCUGGAGAAGCGGGAUCGCCAACUCCUGAAUGUACUAAAAGUACAACUGCAGCCAAUCAUGGAUCAGAUCAAUAGGAAGUACAAGAAGUUCCGGCAGCCGGCCAUUCCCUUUACGCAGCUCACAUACUUGUAUGCGGAAGCGGACCCUAACUACGUCCGACCUGAUCUCGCGGAGAGCGAGGUGCGGCCAUUCGAGAUUGUUAAGGACAAGCACGGAAAUGACGUUCUUAAGGAGACAGCAACUGGCAACAUAUUCUACAACCUCGAAACGACUACAAUCGAAGAGAGGCUUUCCAAUGGAUUCUACUGCCGACCCAAGGAUUUCCUGUUUGAUAUCAAAACUUUGGCCAAAGAUUCGCGCAAUAUCGGUGACAAGGAGAGAACCCUCAAGGCAAAUGAACUCGUCUCUAACGUUGAGGUCGACGUGGCCAAUGUGGAGCAUUCAACAAGCAAUGUUGACUGGGAAGCUCUCUACCAGCGACAAGUCCAUCGUGCUAAGCGGGCGGCGGAGCGAGAGCGGAAGAGACUCGCGAUUCAGUCGAUAGUGGACGUUGUCCAAUCUGAUGUUGUCGGCAACGACAGCGAUUCCCAAGCCCAAGGCCCCGUGACUGUCGGCGAGCCUCUGCCAGGAUCCCGAACGACGACAGCAAGGUUCCAGGUUAUGAGCCCAUUAUCUAAUGGACAUGGCUCGGCCUCGGAUGCCAAUCAUCCCGGCAACGGCACGUUGGUGAGACGUGGCAGUGACGUCCAGAUGAGUGGCGUGGACGGCGAUACUCAAGAAUUCCCAAAUGUGCCGCGGAUGCAACCGCCUCCUCCAUCAGCACGAAGGCCGGGCGCGGAGACUGCCAGUGGCGGUAUGGCGGCGACACAAGUGUCGCAGCGUUCUGCUGUCACGUCGGUCCCUCCUGGUGUGUCACCAUCGGCGAUUCUUAACGACGCCUCGACUACAAAGACGUCGGAUCCCUCGAAUAAGUCUUCCAACUUUAGCACGCAGUUGACCAACGGGUACCAUGACCACUCCGGCUCUGGCUCUGGAGAGGCUGAGAAUUCGCAGAUGCCCGAUACCCUUCCCGUUCCCGCCAGUCAGGGACAAUCAAGCGGCGAAUCCUGGAUGCACUCGCAGGCCCAUGCCCUGGCCAGCGGCAGGUUGCGUAUCGGUGAGUCUGGGUUAACGGAGAAUAGCCCAACGUCCUCGGAGAGCCGGCAACCCUUCGGAUCCCGGAUGACAUCUGUGCGUAAGUCGAACCACGUCAGCUCCAACAGCCAUGUCAACGAGACUUCGGGCGAGGAAGGCUCCCAAUCUGUGAGGAAUUCGGGCUUGUCCUCGCAGCCCACUAUCGUCAUACACGAGGGCCAAGUGCACGACUUCCUCACGGAUUUGACGGAGAGGACCUCGGGCUGCACGAUUGAACAGCUGGAGCAGAUUAACCGCGAGUUGAUGGAGGUUGUUUGGAGGACCAGGAACGAGUCGAACAGGAUGAUGGUGCUCAAUAACCUCACCGAGGUGUUUAAUGAUACGAUUAGAGAUAUCGAGAGUACACAGGGGGUGUUGCAGUUGAGUCAGUAA